GUUUUUAAUGAUCAAUCUUGCACUACUAUAUCAAGGGUGUAUCAGCUUCCUGAAGAAGCAUUCCAAAUAGAUAUACAAAGUUUACCAACUAAACCUAUCAUGUCUUGGAACUUACUACUGGAGAUUUUGAAGCCAGAAAAUUUUGAAGUACCAAACUUUAAAUUAGAUACAUUUGUAGAUGUAAAUAGUAUAGAAAGGGCAUGUGAAUGGUUUACAGAAUUUCAAAGCUGGUCUAAAACAACUAUGCCAGAAACAAAAAAAUUUGAAAUCAAAGAAAAACGAAUACUUUUUCAAGAGCUUAGACACUGUAUUCAUAGUGAUCAAGUAAAAAAAAAACAGAGUCAUCGUGAAGUAAAGUAUCCAUAUUCAUCUUGGGCACGUAACAUAAAUUGUACCACAGCCAUCCAUCUUCAGCUAGAACAUCAAUAA